AGGCUGGAGAAGGAGCUAAAGUUAAAAAGGACACUGAAACUGACACCUUGUGGUGUGACAGUGAGUGAGGGAGUGAGGAUACAGCCAGGGACAGGGUUAUUAUUGCACUAUUAAACCUGGUUAUUAUCGCACCUAGUCAAAAACACUCGUCAGCGUUAGGAAAAGUCAAGAAGGGGAUUUAACCCACUCACCCAGUCACAGAAACAGGAGGAUUCCCUGCACCUGCUGUCUUAUGGGAGAAUAGCAGGCGAGCAGUACAGCCCUGCCUGCCCCUGACGACAAGUGAAAGAGUGGAUCUACCUUUUGUACGGAUCUGUGACCAGAAGUCUUCCAUGUAUUCUCUGGGUUCUUCUACCUAAUUUCUACUCCUCUCUUUGGAAAACAUUCAAGCUCCCUUUCUGUAAACUGACAUCCCAAGCACACAGGAUUCAAGCCAUGAAGCAUUUUACCUCAGUUAUAUUAUGUCUAUGGAUUGCUGUCGGAGUAACAAAGGCUGCCAAAAUACUCAUUGUGCCGCCAAUAAUGUUUGAAAGCCAUUUGUACAUAUUUAAAACCCUUGCCUCUGCACUGCAUGAGCAAGGACAUCAAACUGUUUUCCUUGCUUCUGAAGGAAGAGACAUUCCACAAUCCAGUCAUUAUCAAGUCCAGCGUUACCCAGGAAUUUUUAAUAGCAGCACAUCAGAUAACUUCCUGCAGUCCAAAAUGAUGAAUAUCUUCUCUGGGAGGUUUACAGCACUGGAACUCUUUGACAUUCUUGACCACUACUCCAAAAAUUGUGAUAUCAUGGUGGGCAAUCUGGACCUCAUGCGGCGCCUGAAGCAGGAACAAUUUGAUUUGCUGUUGGUUGAUCCUAAUGAGAUGUGUGGAUUUGUAAUAGCCAAUAUAUUGGAUGUUAAGUAUGCUGUUUUUUCUACUGGCCUUUGGUAUCCAGCUGAAGUCGGUGCUCCUGCUCCCUUAGCAUAUGUUCCAGAAUUUAACUCGAUGUUAACAGACAACAUGAACCUGCUGGACAGGAUCAAAAAUACAUUUGUUUACCUAAUUUCUCGAAUUGGGGUGAAUUUUUUAGUCCUGCCGAAAUAUGAUAGGAUAAUGCAGAAAUAUAACAUUUUUUCAACAAGGUCUAUGUAUGAAUUAGUUCAAGGAUCUUGUCUGUGGAUGCUAUGCACAGAUAUAGCCCUGGAGUUUCCAAGACCUACACUUCCAAACGUUGUCUAUGUUGGAGGAAUUCUGACUAAGCCAGUCAGCCCCUUGCCUCAGGAUCUUCAAACGUGGGUGGACAAUGUUGAUGAGAAUGGUUUUGUUCUGGUUUCAUUUGGAGCUGGAGUCAAAUACUUGUCUGAAGACAUUGCAAAUAAACUGGCUGGGGCCCUUGCACGAUUACCUCAGAAAGUGAUAUGGAGGUUUUCUGGAACCAAACCAAGAAAUUUAGGAAACAACACCAAACUUAUUGAAUGGAUACCUCAAAAUGAUUUACUUGGUCACCCAAAAAUUAAAACAUUCCUCAGUCAUGGUGGGUUAAAUGGUAUUUUUGAGGCUAUGUACCAUGGAGUGCCUGUAGUGGGGAUCCCACUGUUUGGUGACCAUUAUGAUACCAUGACUCGAGUACAAGCCAAAGGUAUGGGAAUUCUUCUUGAGUGGAAGAAAAUCACAGAGGAUACUCUGUUUGCAUCGCUAACUGAAGUUAUUCAUAAUCAAAGUUACCAACAACAGGCAGUAAAAUUGUCUACAAUUCACAAAGACCAGCCGGGCCAUCCAGUGAGCAGGGCAGUAUAUUGGAUCAAUUACAUACUUCGACACAAUGGAGCUGACCAUCUGCGUGCUGCUAUUCACAACGUCUCUUUCUAUCAGUACUUUUUACUAGAUGUAGUAUUACUUUUACUUUUUGUUGUUACUAUAGCCUGGUACUUCAUUUCAAUGCUAGCGAAAUACAUGCGGAAAAGCAUGAGAAGCAAGGAACACGUCGGCCUCAAUGGGUACUAUCAAAAUGGCACAGCAAAUGGCAAAUAUAGGAAAAAUGGGCACAUAAAACAUGAAAAGAAGGUGAAAUGAGCCUGGGGAGAAUUGAGUUAAAGUAUGAGGUUAAAUAAAAUGCAAUUCUAAUAGUUGAUAUUAAUUCUUUUACAAAUGCUGGAGAAGUCUUGUUUGCAUUCUUGGAAGCAAUUAAGUCAGCAGGCGUGAGUCAUGAGAAUACUGUUUUGCUACACUUUUCAAGCAAAGUUUUUCUUUUUUUCAUGUGGCUCCUUCUGACCUCAUAAAUCCAAGCCAAUGUACUUUAGACUCUCCUAACACACGAAAAGCUUAAAGCGGGGUUUCCAUUAACUCUUCUAAGCACUCCCUCACUACUACAUACCAUACCAUACUAAGUAAUGAAUUUGAUUUCCUUAACAAGGAAAUGUUUAUUCUGCUUCCUUUUGUUUAACAGAGAUGUGUUAUUGCUUCCAAAAAAUGAACCAAACACAAACCUAAUUUUGUUACAAUAUAUAUAUAUUUUUAUGUGAAAUGAUAUUUCACAUAUUUCUCUUGAGUACACUCUUUAGAAAAACAGAAAUGUCAUUAUAAAUAUAGUAUCAAUAAUUGCUUUUUCCAGGAAGCCCCUAAACGUAUGUUAACCACAGAUCCAAAAUAUUUUCUAAUGGUAUUUUUUGCUAAAUGUUUGAUAUUUUUGACAUUUUUUCCUGUUUUCUGGAAUUAGGAUAUAAUGGUAAUAUUAACUUUCUCAUUGUAAAUAAUUGGCAACGUAUUGUAUUUUAAGGAAAUACAAUUAUUUUUUAGCUUUAGCACAAUGCUUCAUUGUGACAUCAGGUGCUGUUCCAUAUGGAAACAUUAGUGCAGGAUACUUUCAGGAGUACACAAUCCAUCAGUUAUUUGAUGUUGCAACCCUAAACGGUUUUGUUCUUCACAUGUUAAAUAUCUUGGUAUUGUUAAUAGCUUUGAUUUUGACAGGGGAAGCAAGAAAGUCUUGUUGAGUAAUCCAUUGUACAAUAUAUAGUUAAUAUUUUGCAUUUUGUUUUCUUCAGUUUUUGUACCACUUAAAAACCUGUAUGCUUUUUAAUUUUGAAGAAUGCCAGUUCUUGUAAAAGCAGUUCAAAAAAGGUUCUACAAUGAAACCUGCUGUUUUCAUAAAUAUUAAUGUAUUCUGAUCUCAUAUGCAGUUAUUUUUCUUAGAUACCAUUUGUCGCAGUAAAUGUAAGGCAGGCAUUUAUGCAGCCCACAUUGUGACAUCUCCUCAUGCCUGAUAUAAUGAAGGCUGACUUUAUUUGAUAUCAAGGAGCCACAUCAUUUAUGCUCAGUUUUUGAUUUCAUAAUCCCUCCCAAUUAUUGUAACUGAGACUGAGCAUAUAUAGGGAGAUUUGAUUAUAGAAACAAAAAUAAGAUUAGAACAGUUAAAGUACUAUGGUAGAAACACGAGCUGUAUUCUUUCCCUGUGUUUACUCCAAAUACCUGGAAUUUUAGCUGUACAUAUUUUGCAUGAUGCAUGUAGAUAGUGAGGAUAACUUAUUUAUUAAUGAAAUGGAAAGAGACAGUGUUAUUUCCUUCAAGAGCUACAUGAUAAUAUGUAAUUGAAUAUCCAGGUACUUAAACUAAACGUGUACAAUAAAUAUAUGUGAUAACCAUCUGUUGUUUGUCUUCCUGUUAAAUUUAAAUUACAGGGUUUCCCCCAUUUAUAUCUACACAUUAGAAUGUCUGAGAAUAAUUUAUUUUAUUUUUGGAAUGUUUUACUGAUAUGAUAUACAGAGAGAACCACAUCCUUGUUUACAGGUGAAGCAUUGGUCUAUUUACGAUCAAUAGGAAACAAAGAAAGUAAUUCUGUGCAUUUGUAAAGCUAAAGUCUGUCCUACUUUGCCUCAAAGGUUAAAAAUGACUGGAAUUGACUGGAGUGUUUCAUAAUGCAAUAAAACAGGCCUUUAAAAAUUAGGGUGAUGGGUCAGUCAGAGUGACUCAGUGAUAUAUUUGUGUGUUAGAUAUAAAGGAGACAUCCUGUAGUAAACAUGUAGCAAUGACUGGAGGAAGAGAGGUGGCUCAUGGCGUGAAAAAGCUGACAGUAUUGAACGUGUAUUUGUUAUUUAAGAAGACCUUACUCAUUUUCACAGUAGUUGUUUAUAUAAUACUGGACAAUGAACGGAAUGUGUAAAGGCACUAAUACCAGUGCCAUAUGUUUAUAUACAAACGUACACAUUAAUCACAAAUAUACACACAUCUCACUAAUCUGAAUGAUUACUGACUUCUCAGACUGUACUUGUAUGUCGAUGUACAGUUUUUUCUGAAUCCAUGCACCAACGUUUUUUGUUAACAAUUAAAAACCUAUUGAUUGAAAAACACAUGAGAUGGAAAUGUAUAGAUUCUUGCUAUCUGCAUUUGUCUUACAGCCAUGAUGGAAAAGUAAACAGGAACAAAGUAUCGUUUUACUGUGUACAUCAUUGGAUGGUUUUAAAUACAGUAUUAGCAAAAGUUUUAAUCUUGUAACUAAUAUGGAUAUCUUUUAUGAAUAACUGUAAAUCAUGGAAUCUUAGAGAACACACUACGGACACUGGACUCAUUCACUUAAUACAAAAGUUUUAUUGCAAUACAAUACCAUAAUAAUAAUAAUAAUAUUGGGAAAGGGAAUAUAUGGUUUACCUGAAUGCCUUAACAUCCAGUUUAGAUGUUUCUCUAAAAAACAUGAAUUUUGUUUCUCUGAAUCAUGCUUUUAUGUUUGUUUAAAUAUUUGAAAUAAAACCCCUUUAAAUAUAAAAA